AUGAAAUUAUCGACAUCUAGACCGGCUGGUAAGCUUGCAUCCAAUCGAACCGAUAUUACUUCUUUGGCUAUCGAAUUACUCGAAUUUAUUCCAUCCAGCUUGUUGACAUUUUUCGGCGAUCUGAAUGACACGGAUCGAAGUGCGCUUUUAGAACUAACUAAAAACAUUUCUCGAAGCCGGUUAACAGCUGAUACCGAAAAGGAGUUCCUGGAGGGCUUGAAAAAAAAAAGUGAGAAUGCUUAUCAGAAAGUAAUGGGUGUGCAGAACUAUUUGUCACACAAAAUUGAACAUUUAAAGCCAGAAAGCAAAGGUUUCACUAAAAAAGUUAGCGACAAGUAUAUUGCACUGUUCACAAAUCCACAAACAGCACCGAAAGGAACGUUCAUGAAAAUGAAAUCAUUCGUGAAUGAAACAUUUAAAAUAUAUGACCAACUGAGUGAGGCAGCAAAAAAUGACCUAAAAACAGCAUUUCCGGAAAUAGCACAACUAAUUAGAAAUCCACGAUUUCGGGAUUACGUGAGACGUGUAUUCGACAGUACCGACGUAAAAAGAGCAUUCAACCGGGCGGAUAGAAUGAUUAAUCCAAAGCAGUAA